AGGAGGCGGAGCACAAGUAGUGCUCUGAUCCGAAGCUCAUGGUGCCGGGGUCGGGGCCGGGUGCGCGGCUGCGGCGGGACCUGGCGAGGACGCGAAGAAUUCAUCCUACAAAUAAAAUGAUGACUUCUUGGAGUGACCGCUUACAGAACGCAGCAGAUGUGCCUGCUAACAUGGAUAAGCAUGCCCUGAAAAAGUACCGUCGAGAAGCCUAUCACCGGGUGUUUGUGAACCGAAGUUUAGCCAUGGAAAAAAUAAAGUGUUUUGGGUUUGACAUGGAUUAUACCCUGGCUGUGUACAAGUCUCCGGAAUAUGAAUCCCUUGGCUUUGAGCUUACUGUGGAGAGAUUAGUGUCCAUCGGCUAUCCUCAGGAGCUGCUCAACUUUGCAUAUGAUUCGACAUUCCCUACCAGAGGACUUGUCUUUGACACACUCUAUGGAAAUCUCUUGAAAGUUGAUGCCUAUGGAAACCUCUUGGUUUGUGCACAUGGAUUUAACUUCAUAAGAGGACCAGAAACUAGAGAGCAGUAUCCAAAUAAGUUUAUCCAACGAGAUGAUACUGAACGGUUUUACAUUCUGAACACACUCUUCAACCUUCCAGAAACCUACCUGUUGGCCUGCCUAGUAGAUUUUUUUACUAAUUGUCCCAGAUAUACCAGUUGUGACACAGGAUUUAAAGAUGGGGACCUUUUCAUGUCCUACCGGAGUAUGUUCCAGGAUGUAAGAGACGCAGUGGACUGGGUCCAUUACAAGGGUUCCCUUAAGGAAAAGACAGUUGAAAAUCUUGAGAAGUAUGUAGUCAAAGAUGGCAAGUUGCCGUUGCUUCUGAGCCGAAUGAAGGAAGUGGGGAAAGUGUUUCUGGCCACUAACAGUGACUAUAAGUACACAGAUAAAAUCAUGACUUACCUGUUUGAUUUCCCACAUGGCCCCAAGCCUGGGAGCUCCCACCGGCCGUGGCAGUCGUACUUUGAUCUGAUUUUGGUGGAUGCACGGAAGCCGCUCUUUUUUGGAGAAGGCACAGUGCUGCGUCAGGUGGACACUAAAACCGGAAAACUGAAAAUCGGCACCUACACGGGCCCCCUGCAGCAUGGCAUCGUCUACUCAGGAGGUUCAUCUGAUACAAUCUGUGACCUGUUGGGAGCUAAGGGCAAAGACAUUUUGUAUAUUGGAGAUCACAUUUUUGGAGACAUUUUGAAGUCAAAGAAACGGCAAGGGUGGAGAACUUUCUUGGUGAUUCCUGAGCUUGCACAAGAGCUGCACGUCUGGACUGACAAAAGUUCACUUUUUGAAGAACUUCAAAGCUUGGAUAUUUUCUUGGCUGAACUCUACAAGCACCUGGACAGCAGCAGCAAUGAGCGCCCAGACAUCAGCUCCAUCCAGAGACGGAUCAAGAAAGUGACUCAUGACAUGGACAUGUGCUAUGGGAUGAUGGGAAGCCUGUUCCGCAGUGGCUCCCGGCAGACGCUCUUUGCCAGCCAAGUGAUGCGGUACGCUGACCUCUAUGCAGCAUCCUUCAUCAACCUGCUGUACUACCCAUUCAGCUACCUCUUCAGAGCGGCCCACGUCCUGAUGCCGCACGAAUCAACAGUGGAGCACACACAUGUGGAUAUCAAUGAGAUGGAGUCCCCUCUCGCCACCCGCAACCGCACAUCGGUGGAUUUCAAAGACACUGACUAUAAGCGACACCAGCUCACGAGGUCCAUUAGUGAGAUCAAGCCUCCCAACCUCUUCCCUCUGGCUCCCCAGGAGAUCACACACUGCCAUGAUGAAGAUGAUGAUGAGGAAGAGGAAGAGGAAGAAUAAGGCAGACUGAAAACCCUGAGCACCCAUCAAGUCUGACGGACUCGUGGGGGCAAGGGGCGGAUUGUUUGAUUGUUAGGGAGGGUGGGAGGACUCCAUCAGAAGCACGUUUGGAAAGUACGUUUCUGAAGGCUUUAAAUAAUUCUAAUCAUAGCUACUUCAGUUUUGUGUAUCUGUAUUCUCUGCAGAUGGUUUGAAACUGCAUAGGAAGAGCAGGUAAAGUCAGGUGGAGUGCAUGCAGACGGCACCACGUGGCUUGGGAUGGUUUCUGUGCCUGUUGUCGUGUCAUCUGGAUGCACGAAGGUAGUAAAGGUUCAGAGCAGAGGGGCUGAUGGGAAGAGGAGGCCCACAAAUGCUGUGUACAAACUGCAUUGCUCCAAUCCCACCCGGCCUGUGCGUCACAGUUGCUCACCAGUGGAGAAUGCACGCUUUCAUUACCGAGUGUAGUCAGCCUCUGUUGAGGUCAAGUUUCCUUCCGUUAGCUUUUAGGUUUCCUCGGCCCUGGCGAGGCUGGUGCUGUGUCAGUCAGUGCCUUUGUGGGUUUCCUUGCUGUAGGACGAUUCUAGACUGCAGGGAUUUGAAUUUGAGGCAAAAGUCCUCAUCCUUGCUACAUUUUUUAAAGUUGGUAGCACAAAUGCUUUGUGUUACAUAAAACCAAUCCUUUUGGGGAAUGUAGCUGAGGAGUACAAAGGAGCAGGUUCCCAGAACAGCAGCCACUGUCACAGCCAGAGCUGCCUUCAGCAGCGUGGCCUGCUCCCAGCCACAGAGACGGGAAGGCUCUACAGCAGAAGGGACAGAGGGGAUGAGUUCACUUGACUGGGAAAUGACCUCUGGCUCUGAAUAAAGCAGGAGCCUGUAAACACGAAGGUUGUGACUUCCAACCAUGACUUGUGUUGUAGAACUUGCUCUAACUUUUGUUUUCUUCCAUUCUUGGCUCUGGUCACUAGGGUAUUGACUGCUCUGGAGCUCAGUAAAGUGUGUGUCUAAUGCUGACACUGGCCCUGUGCAGUACAGCUGUCAUGGCUUAGGGUUGGUGUUAAAAUUGCUAGGUAUAUCUGUAUCACUUUUAGUUAAAAACAUGCUUAUAUGUACAGUGUUUCACAGGUAUAAAGAUUUUUUCACUGA